AUGUCUUGUCCAUUCAUUAAUAAAGAUCUUCUAGCGAGAUUACCUGAUGAAAAGAAAGCAGAACUUGAACAAUACUACAAAAACUUUGUUGAAAAAAAGGAAGUCAUAGAGAAUAAAGCAAUUGAUUAGUGCCCUUUAAUGGAUUUAGAUGAAGAAAAAAUAAACAAAGAUGAGCCUAAGUCUCAUUAUACUCAAUUGAGAAAUAGCCCUGGGGGAGUAUGCCCUUUUAUUUCAUCAAAGCAUACUGAUCCUGGUCUUGAUUUCUUUGAAGUUGGUCAUUAAAUUAAAUACAAAUCGAAAUACUCCCAUUAUCUAAAUCAGAGUAUAUUUUAUGAAUACUUGGAAUAACCCUUAACAAGCAGUAAUCAUGAUACUACUGUUUCAUCGGUUCAUUCUUAAGAAGAAGAAAUGAAGAACGAAAAUUAAUCAACGAUUCGUCCUAGCUAGGUCUAAGAUAAUUCCUCAUUGUUUGAAGAGGAAAAGAAAGAUGGUGAUAAAAAGAGACUUAUAUCUAAAAAGAUUAUACUCAACAAGGAAUAAAUAAAAAAGAAUUAAAAAGCUAUUAGGAACUAUCCUCCCAUUUUGUUGCAAACAUUAUUUCAUGAUAAUCCUAAAUUUGUGAAAUAUAGAAAAGCUGAAUUUUCUAAUUUAUUCUUUUUUUCAGAUGAAAUUAAGACAAUGGGCAAUGAUGCCUAUUAGAAGAAUAAUUUUUAUUUAGCCCUAGAUUUCUAUGAAUAAGCUAUCUCAUUAUACAACUGGCUUGAACUAAAGGACAAAGAUAAUGAAAAAUAAAAAAUGCAGCUAUUUGGAAAAGAGCCUAUAAUGAUCACAGAUAAAAAAGUAUUUAACUUAUUCAAAGUGAUCGAUGAGGAUUGCGAAGAUGAGCUACUAGAAAAAGAAAAUUGGUAGAGCACUUAUUAUAAUUAAAAUGCAGAUUAUGAGGAGAUUAGAUAUUCUAUAAAUUAAGUUUAAGACGGUUUAAGAUUCAUAUUAGGGGCUUGUCAUGGAUAUACCUAGGCUGAUAUUAAAAAAAUAGAGAAGAUAAUCGAAUUACUCAAAAUUUAACUCAACAAUAGAAUAAAGAAAGAUUUGGGUAAUAUAGAAAAAAUAAUAAAAAGAGCUUUGAAGAUUUAUGGAAUAAAAAAGAGUAAGAAUCAAUUAGAAACUCCAAGAUAAAAUUCAUAUAACUCAAAGCAAGCUCAUCUAAACUACAAGAUAGUGACUAAAAUGCACUGUAAAUACUUUGAUUUGCUAGAAUAUUUCAGAGAAUCUUAAAAACCAGUUCAAAGUGUUUAAGUUAUUUAGGAAUUCCAAAAAUUCGCUUUAACCUAUCAUGAGAUGAAAUAUUACCUAGAAGUUUUGAAUUUCAAGAAUAUAGACUCAGAAGUUUUGAAAGAACUACCAAGUGAUAUAGUUGAAGCUAUCAAGAUUAAUGAGUUUAUCAUUCCUAUUGCUAACGAUCUUAAAGAAACACUUGCUCAUGAAGAAUUCUUAAAUGCAAAGUAGAUGAAUAUUGAAUUAAUGAAAUAUGCUAUGGAAUUAUGUGACAAAGAAGAAGAAAGAGAGAAAAAGCGUAAAUAAAAAGAAAAUGGAGAUUGGAUAGAUGAAAAAGAUGGAAAUAGCUUGAUUAGUUGGAUAUAAGGUGAAAGUAAAUGGCACAUGACUAUAAACAUCAUGUUUUUUCUCUUAUUGAUAGGCCUUUAUUUUUUCUUAAGAUUCGAUAUGUGCAAGUACUUUGAUGGUUGCAAAAAAAAGUGA